AUGCACAUGUGUGUGUACGGCCUCAUAGACAGGCACAUGCACAUGUGUGUGUAUGGCCUCAUAGACAGGCACAUGCACAUGUGUGUGUACGGCCUCAUAGACAGGCACAUGCACAUGUGUGUGUACGGCCUCAUAGACAGGCACAUGCACAUGUGUGUGUAUGGCCUCAUAGACAGGCACAUGCACAUGUGUGUGUAUGGCCUCAUAGACAGGCACAUGCACAUGUGUGUGUACGGCCUCAUAGACAGGCACAUGCACAUGUGUGUGUACGGCUUCAUAGACAGGCACAUGCACAUGUGUGUGUACGGCCUCAUAGACAGGCACAUGCACAUGUGUGUGUAUGGCCUCAUAGACAGGCACAUGCACAUGUGUGUGUACGGCCUCAUAGACAGGCACAUGCACAUGUGUGUGUACGGCCUCAUAGACAGGCACAUGCACAUGUGUGUGUACGGCCUCAUAGACAGGCACAUGCACAUGUGUGUGUAUGGCCUCAUAGACAGGCACAUGCACAUGUGUGUGUACGGCCUCAUAGACAGGCACAUGCACAUGUGUGUGUACGGCCUCAUAGACAGGCACAUGCACAUGUGUGUGUAUGGCCUCAUAGACAGGCACAUGCACAUGUGUGUGUACGGCUUCAUAGACAGGCACAUGCACAUGUGUGUGUACGGCCUCAUAGACAGGCACAUGCACAUGUGUGUGUAUGGCCUCAUAGACAGGCACAUGCACAUGUGUGUGUACGGCCUCAUAGACAGGCACAUGCACAUGUGUGUGUACGGCCUCAUAGACAGGCACAUGCACAUGUGUGUGUACGGCCUCAUAGACAGGCACAUGCACAUGUGUGUGUAUGGCCUCAUAGACAGGCACAUGCACAUGUGUGUGUACGGCCUCAUAGACAGGCACAUGCACAUGUGUGUGUACGGCCUCAUAGACAGGCACAUGCACAUAGUGUGUGGAGAAGGAGGAGGUCAGAGAGUGUGGAGGAGGUCAGAGAGUGUGGAGGAGGAGGAGAAGGAGGAGGUCAGAGAGUGUGGAGGAGGUCAGAGAGUGUGGAGGAGGAGGAGAAGGAGGAGGUCAGAGUACGUGUGGAGGAGGUCAGAGAGUGUGGAGGAGGAGGAGAAGGAGGAGGUCAGAGUACGUGUGGAGGAGGUCAGAGUGUGGAGGAGGUCAGAGUGUGGAGGAGGUCAGAGUGUGGAGGAGGUCAGAGUGUGGAGGAGGUCAGAGUGUGGAGGAGGCCAGAGUGUGGAGGAGGUCAGAGUGUGUGGAGGAGGUCAGAGUGUGUGGAGGAGGCCAGAGUGUGGAGGAGGUCAGAGUGUGUGGGAGGAGGCCAGAGUGUGGAGGAGGUCAGAGUGUGGAGGAGGCCAGAGUGUGGAGGAGGCCAGAGUGUGGAGGAGGUCAGAGUGUGUGGAGGAGGUCAGAGUGUGGAGGAGGUCAGAGUGUGUGGAGGAGGUCAGAGUGUGGAGGAGGUCAGAGUGUGGAGGAGGUCAGAGUGUGGAGGAGGUCAGAGUGUGGAGGAGGCCAGAGUGUGGAGGAGGUCAGAGUGUGGAGGAGGCCAGAGUGUGGAGGAGGCCAGAGUGUGGAGGAGGUCAGAGUGUGUGGAGGAGGUCAGAGUGUGGAGGAGGUCAGAGUGUGGAGGAGGCCAGAGUGUGGAGGAGGUCAGAGUGUGGAGGAGGUCAGAGUGUGGAGGAGGCCAGAGUGUGGAGGAGCAGCAGUGCUCAUGUGAUGAUGAUGAUGAUGAUGAUGAUGAUGGUGGUGGUGAUGGCGCUGGCUCGUGUGGAGGGCGGGGUCUGUAUGGCCUGA